UUUGAGCAGAAAACUGGUGCAGUUUUUGAUGAAAUUGUAGAGAACUAAAUACCUCACCAAGUUCCUGACAAAACAAAAUUAAACAACAAUUUUGGAAUUUGAUUGGAAUUGUCUUGAAUCUAUAAAUCAAGAGAGAGAACUGGCAUGUUUAUGAUACUGAGUCUUCCUAUCUAUGAACUUGCCUAUUUAAACAAAUCCUGGCCCUGGCUCACUAAUGGGUUGGUACCUGAAGUUUGAAAGAAGAGUGAAUUGUUGUAUUCUAGUUAUUAUCCCAUUUCCAUGAAAAGUUUCCUGCUGGUCACUGGCCUAUUAAUAGCUAAGGUGGUGGUAUCAUGGAUACAGAAAUGUCUGAAGAUAUAGACCACAACUUAACUCCUACCCUUGACAGCAUGCCGUAUUGAAUGCCGAAUCAAACAGGAUCUGAAAAUUCAUUGCUGGAUGAAGAUGAUUAUUUUUUGAACUCUGGGGAUCUUGCAGGAAUUCCAGUCGUUGGUAGUGACAAUGAGGAUGAACAGGAUUUUAGUUCAAAAGACAAUCUUGUUUCUUCAGUUCAUACUGACGAUAGCUUGGAAGUAGAGAGAAGAGUCACACAGCAUGAAUCAGACCAUGAAAAUGAAAUACAGAUUCAAAAUAAAUUUAAAAAAGACUUUCCUAAACAGUUUGAUCAGGUUUCUGUCUUUAAAUCAAUACGGAAAGAUUUUAGUCUAGUAAGAGAAAACAGCAAAGACACAUUUUCUGGAAAGGAGAAAAAUAGAGACCUAACUUAUGAACAUGAAAAACAGUUGGACAAAUCCCAUAAAGAGGUGGAUUCAAGGUUGAAAAGCAGUUUUUUUGAUAAAGCAGCUAAUCAAGUUGAAGAAACAUUACAUACUCAUUUACCACAAACCCCAGAAACAAACUUUAGGGAUUCCAGCUAUCCAUUUGCCAAUAAAGAACCCAUUGGUUCGGAACUGGGGAAUUCCUUUGCAUCAAAUAUUAGAAUUAAAGAAGAACCUUUGGAUGAGGAGUAUGACAAAGCACUGGCACCACAGCAGGGACUGCUAGACAAAAUUAAAGACGAACCUGACAAUGCUCAAGAGUUUAAUCAUGGCCAACAGCAAAAAACUCAAGAGGGGGAACUGAAAAUUAGUGCUGUGUUUUCAGUCAGUGGCAGUCCUCUUGCUCCACAGUUGACUACUGGCUUCCAGCCUCCUCUGGCGUCAUCGGGCAUGAAUAAAAUGCUACCUUCAGUUCCAGCCACAGCUAUUCGAGUUUCCUGUUCUGGUUGUAAAAAAGUUCUACAGAAGGGGCAAACUGCUUAUCAGAGGAAAGGGUCUACGCAGCUUUUCUGUUCUACACUGUGCCUCACUGGAUAUACAGUUCCACCCGCCCGCCCACCACCUCCUCCCACCAAGAAAACUUGUUCAAGUUGCUCUAAAGACAUUUUAAAUCCAAAGGAUGUGAUCAGUGCCCAAUUUGAAAAUACGACCAGUAGUAAAGAUUUUUGCAGCCAGUCAUGUUUAUCAACAUAUGAACUGAAAAGAAAACCUGUUGUUACCAUAAAUACGAAUAGCAUUUCAACCAAAUGCAGCAUGUGUCAGAAGAAUGCUGUUAUUCGACAUGAAGUUAAUUACCAAAAUGUGGUACAUAAACUUUGCAGUGAUGCCUGCUUCUCUAAGUUUCGCUCUGCUAACAACCUCACCAUGAACUGUUGUGAGAACUGUGGGGGUUACUGUUACAGUGGCUCUGGACAAUGCCACAUGCUUCAGAUAGAGGGACAGUCUAAGAAGUUUUGUAGCUCAACGUGUGUUACAGCAUAUAAGCAGAAAUCAGCCAAAAUUACACCAUGUUCGCUUUGCAAAUCAUUGAGAUCCUCAGCAGAAAUGAUUGAAAAUACCAAUAGUUUGGGAAAGACAGAGCUUUUCUGUUCUGUUAAUUGCUUAUCUGCUUACAGAGUUAAAAUGGUUACUUCUGCAGGUGUACAAGUGCAGUGUAACAGUUGUAAGACUUCAGCAAUCCCUCAGUAUCACCUAGCCAUGUCAGAUGGAAGUAUACGCAACUUCUGCAGCUACAGUUGUGUGGUAGCUUUCCAGAAUUUGUUUAACAAACCAACAGGAGUAAAUUCUUCAGUAGUGCCCUUGUCUCAGGGCCAAGUAAUUGUAAGCAUCCCCAGAGGUUCAACAGUGUCAGCGGGAGGAGGUAACACCUCUGCUGUUUCUCCCACCUCCAUCAAUAGCUCUGCUGCAGCUGGUCUCCAGCGUCUUGCUGCCCAGUCUCAACAUGUUGGGUUUGCACGAAAUGUUGUAAAACUUAAGUGUCAGCACUGCACCCGUCUUUUUGGCACAAAACCAGAACUUCUUGACUAUAAGGGUAAAAUGUUUCAGUUCUGUGGCAAGAAUUGUUCUGAUGAAUAUAAAAAAAUAAAUCAUGUAAUGGCAAUGUGUGAAUAUUGUAAAAUUGAGAAAAUUUUAAAGGAGACUGUGAGAUUCUCAGGUGCUGACAAGUCAUUCUGUAGUGAAGGUUGCAAAUUGCUUUAUAAACAUGACUUGGCCAAGCUCUGGGGAAAUCACUGUAAAAUGUGCAGUUAUUGUUUACAGACAUCUCCCAAAUUGGUGCAGAGUAAUUUGGGGGGGAAAGUGGAAGAGUUCUGUUGUGAAGAAUGUAUGUCCAAAUAUACAGUUCUGUUUUACCAGAUGGCCAAAUGUGAUGGUUGUAAGCGACAGGGUAAACUCAGCGAGUCCUUGAAAUGGCGGGGAGAAAUGAAACAUUUCUGUAACCUGCUUUGUAUCUUGAUGUUCUGUAAUCAGCAAAGUAUAUGUGACCCACCUUCACAAAACAAUGCAGCAAGUAUUUCCAUGGUGUCAGCUGCUUCAGCAGGGCCCCCAUCGUUAAGAAAAGACUCAACUCCAGUUAUAGCUAAUGUAGUGUCAUUAGCAAGUGCUCCUGCUGCUCAGCCCACAGUCAAUUCUAACAGCGUUUUACAAGGUGCAGUUCCAACAGUAACAGCGAAAAUCAUUGGAGAUGCAAGUACACAAACAGAUGCCCUGAAACUGCCACCUUCCCAGCCUCCAAGACUUUUGAAGAAUAAAGCUUUAUUGUGCAAACCCAUCACACAGACUAAAGCCACCUCAUGCAAACCACAUACCCAAAACAAAGAAUGCCAGACAGAAAACACACUAAGCCCAUCCCAGGUCAUUAUGGUGCCAGUUCCUGUACCAGUGUUUGUGCCCAUACCUCUUCAUCUGUAUACUCAGUAUGCACCAGUCCCAUUUGGAAUUCCAGUUCCAAUGCCUGUCCCUAUGCUUAUUCCAUCCUCGACGGAUAAUGAAGAUAAAGCCACUGAGAGUAUUGAAGACCUUAAUGAAAAGCUUCCUUCACAUCCAUUUGAAGCCGAUCUCCUUGAGAUGGCAGAAAUGAUUGUAGAAGAUGAAGAGAAGAAGACUCUAUCUCAGGGAGCCGAAAGAAAACGGCAUCGUCAACAGUAUAUGUCUGAAGACCAACUAUUGCCACAACGUACCUCUGAAGCCGAAAGAAGACGGUGUCGUCGACAGAAUAUGUCUGAAGAACAACAAUUGGUACAACGUAUCCCUGAUGCUGAAAGAAAGCGACGUCAUCGACAGAAUAUGUCUGAAGAACAACUAUUGGCACAACGUACUGCUGAAGCUGAAAGAAGCCGGCGUCGUUGGCAGAAAAUGUCUGAAGAACAGUCAUCGACAAGAUCCCAAACUUCUGAACAAGAACUCUUUCUAGACACAAAGAUAUUUGAAAAAGACCAAGGAAGCACAUACAGUGGUGACCUGGAAUCAGAGGCAGUAUCUACUCCACAUAGCUGGGAGGAAGAGUUGAAUCAUUAUGCCUUAAAGUCAAAUGCCGUGCAAGAGGCUGAUUCAGAAUUGAAGCAGUUCUCAAAAGGGGAAACUGAACAGGAUCUGGAAGCAGACUUUCCAUCAGAAUCCUUUGACCCAUUGAAUAAAGGGCAGGGAAUCCAGGCACGUUCCCGAACAAGACGACGACACAGAGAUGGCUUCCCCCAGCCCAGGCGAAGAGGACGAAAGAAGUCUAUAGUACCUGUGGAGCCCAGGAGUCUUAUUCAAGGAGCCUUUCAAGGGUGCUCAGUGUCUGGGAUGACACUGAAAUAUAUGUAUGGGGUAAAUGCCUGGAAGAACUGGGUUCAGUGGAAAAAUGCCAAGGAAGAGCAGGGGGAUCUGAAAUGUGGCGGAAUUGAACAUGCCUCAUCUAGCCCAUGUUCUGAUCCCUUAGGAAGUGCUCAAGACCAUCCACUCUCCCAAGAAUCCUCAGAGCCAGGCUGUAGAGUCCGCUCUGUCAAGCUGAAGGAAGAUAUUUUGUCAUGCACUUUUGCUGAGUUGAGUGUGGGCUUAUGCCAAUUUAUCCAAGAGGUGCGGAGACCAAAUGGUGAAAAAUAUGAUCCAGACAGUAUCUUAUACUUGUGCCUUGGAAUUCAGCAGUACCUGUUUGAAAAUGGUAGAAUAGAUAACAUUUUUACAGAGCCCUAUUCCAGAUUUAUGAUUGAACUUACCAAACUCUUGAAAAUAUGGGAACCUACAAUACUUCCUAAUGGUUACAUGUUCUCUCGCAUUGAAGAAGAACAUUUGUGGGAGUGCAAACAGCUGGGCGCUUAUUCACCAAUUGUCCUCUUGAACACCCUUCUUUUCUUCAAUACCAAAUACUUUCAACUAAAGAAUGUUACUGAGCACUUGAAGCUUUCCUUUGCCCAUGUGAUGAGACGGACCAGAAUUUUGAAGUACAGUACCAAGAUGACAUAUCUGAGAUUCUUUCCACCUUUACAGAAGCCAGAGUCAGAACCAGAUAAACUAACUGUUGGCAAGAGGAAACGAAAUGAAGAUGAUGAGGUUCCAGUGGGUGUAGAAAUGGCAGAGAAUACAGACAAUCCACUAAGAUGCCCUGUCAGACUUUAUGAGUUUUACCUGUCAAAAUGUUCUGAAAGUGUGAAGCAGAGGAAUGAUGUGUUUUACCUUCAACCCGAGCGUUCCUGUGUCCCGAAUAGCCCCAUGUGGUACUCCACAUUCCCGAUAGACCCUGGGACCCUGGACACCAUGUUAACACGUAUUCUCAUGGUGAGGGAGGUACACGAAGAACUUGCCAAAGCCAAAUCUGAAGACUCUGAUGUUGAAUUGUCAGAUUAAAGCAGAAGUGGGGUUCCAAUUUUCAUACACAUUGGUAUGCACCAAACUGUGAAUGCAUCCAAGCUUUGGAAAACGAUGUAUAAGUCCAAGUCCCCUUGACUUGAUUAUAACAUAAUGGAAAAUAGAUAACUCGUGAACCACAGUGUGGAUGUACAAAUGAAAAUUGAAGGAAAGAAUGUGAACUGAGAAAUGUUGUUCUUUGGCAGUGAUAUAGUUCUUAGACAUCUUCAGAAUGACUAACCAAUUUCUCUGAGUGGUGCAUAGUCUUAUUUUGUUUGGGAAUAACAAAUUGUGGAAUAUUUUUAAGGAAAACAGUUAUAUAAAACUCUACCAUAGUAACCUUAGACCUUAGAGAGGUAACUUUGGAGUGAAACCUUGGCUGCAAUAGGCUACUUGGAGGAGCCCUAUGUCAAAGUCAGGGGAGCAAUAGAGCUAAGAGUGACAUCAAAUGAGGACCGUGGGACCCAGACUUGAAGAACCAAUAAAAAUACUGAACUUUUAUUAUAAGGUAGAGAGUGAAGGGGUCUUGAUUUUGAUUUUCACUGCCAAGCCAUUUCUGUGAAGGAUCGAAGCCUCUGUGCUUUGCCGUUGGCCCUCGCAUCAGGAAGCAAGGCCUUCCCUGCUGUUCCCAGAAUACUGUGUGAUUUUACUUCCUGGGUCUAGCCGUCUCAGCUCUGGGUCGAUGUGGGUAAAUUAAGGUAAAGCAGUUGAAACUGUGCAGUCCAGUUACACAUAGAGAAGUACCGUGGAGCCAUUAGACCCCGGGCGUCUUGAAAUGUUUCUAGAAAACCCACUAAAAUGCCCACUUCUCUGGGUGUCAGCCUUUAUUGCUGCUGUCUCAUGGCAUGAGCUGUGGUGCACAGAAAUGGGGGUUAUCCUUUUGUUUUCAUUUUAUCCCCAAAUGGCAGCUUUCCUUUCAUUGUUUUAUCUUCCUAUUUUCUAAAUAAUUCCUCUUAUUUUGUCUUUAGCACCAAUUUCUGGAGGCCUGUGUCAUUUCAAAAAGGGUAGUCUCUCUCCUAACUGGCAAACCUGUGGAUGAUUCCACAAAGACACAGUAUUAUUUAGCUAUCGGAAUUAUGAUAGAAAAGAUCUUAGUGUGUUCCUAUACAAAGUAUUUGGAAGAUGACCUUGUGGUCCUAAGGAACUUGAAAAUGGGGCUAGGAUGCAAAGACACUGACUGUCUUUCAUAGUCAUAAGCAGGUCUUCUUAUAGCAUUAUUCCAAACUCUAGCUGUUUUAGUGGUUUUCUGAGGGUUGCAAGUCAUAGUGUGUUUGACAUAUCGAUCCAUCUUCCUCAUCUCCAUUCUCAGUUUCUUCCCCACAAAAUUUUGAAUCAAAGCUUUUAUGAUGUUGGCUAAUCACAAAACUUUAGCAGAGAUUAACUUGACCCUAAUAGAAAUGAGAGAAGUCCAAAGUCUCUCAGAAAUUUUAACCUUGACAUACGUUUAAAUAUGUCCCAUUUUUUAGGUGGGAGUGGCAGGUUCUUGGUUUUUUUUUAAAUAAGUAAUUGAAAGUCAUUUAACUACAAUAAAAAUUUAAAACUAGGCCUUUUGACAUUGUGUACUUGAUGGUUCUGUCCCUCGGCCUGUGACAAAUUUCAUUUUUGUUAUGAGAACUGUGUAAAGAAGUAAGUCCGCCCCAGUUCUGUAUGAUUUAAUUCCAUCUGUGUUUGUCAUCUCUGAUUGGAAAACUUCUUACUUCCAGACCUUGUUUAACAUGGAGGAAAAAACAAUUGAAUUGUCUCAUAAGUCUGCCAAUAAACUGUCCAGAAACUUCAGGUGUAAUAGUCCCCAAUAUAUUCAUUUUCUGUUUUGUAUAAACACUAACAUUUCCCUUUCUAUUGUUGUAUGAAAAACAAAUAUUCUUGGCACGGUAGAGAAAUUGUUAUAAAACACCAGAGAGGAAAAAGAAAUCUGUAUUUUUUAACUGAGAACAGCCAAUACCCCACGUAAAUGACUAUAUUGGGAUUUAAAUUGCAUAUUAAAUCACAGAGUUGUUCAGACCCUAAAUUCAUACAAGAAAAUAUUGGCCAUUCCUCAUAAGCAUAGCUGUUGAUAUGUGUCCAAUUAUUUGCUUUUAAAAAUUUAUUAAAGUUAUGUAAAAUUACAUUUUUUUCCAGGAGAAGGGGAAAAAAAAAUCAAACACAGAGAAACAACUAAGUUAUCCUUUCUGUUCUUUUUUUAACCACUUUUAACCCCUUGCAGAAACUACAGAACUAUUCCCUUAGAAUAAAAUAGUAUAUUUGUAUUUGAUGGGUGAGUUAUCCUUUUCUUUAUAAUUUUCUUGAAAUAAAUUUAAAUAUUUUUUUCUGUUUGACCAUAUUGGUAUGACCGACAGAUGGUAUAUAACAAAGAAAGCAGUUUUCAUAAAAUAAAUUAUUUGGUAUUUACUCUGUCCAGUAAACAUAUUGUUUCAUUACA